CAAAGAAGGCAGACGCUUCGUGUUUCUUAACUCUCAUCUAUCCAGACAUCUGAUAUUCACUUAUAAAAACAGCCAUCUCCAUUCUACAGGAAUCAUAAAUCUCAAUAAAAAAGACAGUUUAGGCGAUUAAGGCUGCAAAGUCCCAAACCUUCUCCACCGCGAAUCUCACUACCUAUUAGAUUCAUUUUCGAUCUCAUCUCGAUUUUCAUUCAAUAUGUCGGAUCACGAGUACGGCGGUAAUGAUGAUCUAUCACUCCCCAAAGCAACCGUUCAGAAGAUCGUCAGUGAGAUUCUGCCGUCGUCAAGUGGCGUCUCUUUUUCUAAGGAAGCCCGCGAUCUUCUCAUAGAGUGUUGCGUGGAAUUCAUCACUCUCGUGUCUUCCGAGGCGAACGAGAUCUCGGAGAAGGAAGCAAAGAAAACCAUUGCUUGCGACCACAUUACCAAAGCACUGGAGACAUUGGGAUUCAGCGACUACAUCCCUGCCGUCCUCGAGGCGGCUGCGCAACACAAGGAGACGCAGAAGGUCCGAGAGAAGCGAGGCAACAAAUUCGAGGAGAGCGGGAUGACGCUAGAGGAGCUUGAGGAGUUACAGAGACAGCAGUUUGAAGCAGCUCGCGAGAGGCACGCUUAAGCCUCCUGAAAAGGCUCCAGCAUCUCUUGCCGCAGGUUUCGGAGUUCUAUGGGGCUAGGCUGUUUGUCUGCUCGGAUGGUAAAUCGGUUGCUGCACCCGCGGCGAUUGGGCUGAUGCAUUUGAUGGCGUUGGUUUGAGGAAAUGCGGGAUGGUAAUGGCGUCGGACUCGGUUACAUUUUGACAGGAAUCAAUGAAAGGCAUCAUUAGUCUGAGGACUUGACUCUUGCUAACUAAUUUGAUAUGAAUAGGUCUUGUGUGGUAGUGCAAUCAUGCCUCGGUCCCAGUAUGCUUGUACUUGGGUACGCUGACCUGACUACAGCCACAAUAAUACCUAUGUCUACCUCCGA